GUCAGAAAUGGUACAAUGCUGCAUCACCUGAGAUCUUUCAUCUCUCUUGCUGUUGCCCAUGUUACUGAUUGUCAGUUAUGUCAGGGACUGGGCUUCAUCUGUGGGAUGUGCCAGGAUCAGCAGGUGAUAUUUCCAUUCCAGCUGGAACAUGUCAUUAAGUGUCCAGUGUGCCAGUCUUGCUACCACAAAGAGUGCUUUAUUCCAGGGAAGUGUCCCAAGUGUAUACGCUUGGAGGCCAGGCGGAGGAUGCAAGAAGAACCUUUGUCACCUGAAAGUCCUGAUUCCGGGGAGAGUGAUGAGUCUAGAACAUUGAUUCACAACAUGGACACAGACAGCAGUCCCUCACCACUGGUUGGCAGUGCUGACGAUUGUAGAUAA